AUGGGCGUCGUGAAACUGGGGGUCACAUUGGUGGCGCUACUGCUGGCCCUGCACCUCACAGAUGCGCAGAUGGAGAGCCCGUUGAAGGGGCAGGGCGUGCCACGGUUGGAGACAACUGCUGUGUUUGUGAGUGCGUACCUGGAUCGCCUACUGGAUGUGAACGAAGACAAUUACAGAUGGGAGGCGGUUGUGUACUUCUACAUCGCCUGGACGGACUUUUCUGCCUUUGACACGAUGCAGGCCCAGUCGGAGCAAGUGCUUACCAACUCGUCGUUCAAGUGCGACUUCUACUGCAGCAAUGUGCUGGAGCAGGCCCUGUGUUGCAGCAACAUUUACCUGCCCUCCUUCUUCUUCAAGAAUGCCUACGGCUUCCCGCAAGAUCGGGAAAUCAUGUACCCUGCCGACGACGGCAGCAUGCUAUGGGAGGUCCGCGUGCAUGGCAUCUACUACCAGCCAAUGGACUUUAGCCACUUCCCGUUCGAUAGCUUUGACCUGGCGUUGGAGCUGCGGUUGUAUGACCCCACGAUCCUGAUCAGCACAGAUUGGCUGUGGGGCGCCAACCACACUGGCGUCACAGUGGUGCCAUCCAGCGGCGGCAAGAAGAUCUACACGAUUGGCCGCGGAGAUGAUGCAAGCUCCUGGGCGGUGACCGACUACUCGCUGGAGACCUACUCUGUCGACAUGGGGUCGUGGUUCAGCCAAUACUCAGACCUCAACUCCGAUCCGUACGAUCCCAUGCCCCUGGCCCCUGUCAAUGCGAAUCAGACGGGCGGAUACGUGGAUGAAAGCGGCAACCUCCUGAACGUAUUCAAUGGUGUGACUGACCAGCACCUUGCCAUUCUAAUCACAGUUGAACGGUUCUGGAAACCAUCCCUCAUCAACGCCGUCUUACCUGUUGUGCUGGUCUUCACUCUUGGGUUGAUGACGUUCUUCACGAGCGAGAGCUCUCUGGACACCCGCCUGGAGAUUGUGGUCACCCUGUUCUUGGCACUGACCGCCGUGCAGUUUGUUGUCAUUGGCCAGAUACCCACAUCCAGCUACGUGGUGCCCACGCAACAGCUGGUGCUCACGACCUACAUCUUCCUGUUUUUGCUGGCCAUCGAGAGCAUCGCGAAGCGGAAGGAGGCGUGGCGGCGGUACUGCAAGCUCCGGGACCAGGGCAAGCUGGAGGGUGGCCAAAAUCCCACACUAGCCUCGGCAGCCAGUGCUCCACAGGCCAAGCUGGAUUUGGAGCAGCAAGAAGCCAACAGCAGUGGAAUUGGUGGCGAAGAGAAGGGACUGCGCUCGGUUACCACAUUGGGGCAGAUGACUGCAGAUGAAGCUUUUGGGCAGUACAUUGAGCACAUGGUGGACAACCUCUCUGCGGUCUUCCUCGCCGUGGGCUACAGCGUCACCGCCAUCCUCAUCUUCACGCUGCAGAGCGGCUACAUCGACUUGUUCCCAGUAGCAUGA